AUGGGCGACUAUACGUUGGACGUGGAUAAUCUGAUCCAGCGGCUCCUGGAAGCUCACAAACUGCAGCAGCAGCAGGCGCAAGAGUCCCGGAAAAAGGGCAAACUGAAAGAGAUAUUCUCGCACGAUUUCAUGGUUCGGGGAUGUCGUCCAGGAAAAUCAGUACCUAUGCCAGAGGAAGAAAUUCGAGCACUAUGUCUUAAAUCGCGUGAAAUCUUCCUGCAACAACCAAUACUUCUGGAAUUGGAGGCUCCACUUAAAAUUUGCGGUGAUAUACAUGGACAGUACACAGACCUGCUGCGACUUUUCGAGUACGGUGGAUUUCCCCCAGAGGCCAACUAUCUAUUCUUGGGUGACUACGUGGAUCGAGGCAAACAGUCGUUGGAAACGAUCUGUCUUUUGUUAGCGUACAAAAUCAAGUAUCCGGAAAACUUUUUCCUAUUGCGCGGAAAUCAUGAGUGUGCCAGUAUUAAUAGGAUAUAUGGAUUCUACGAUGAAUGCAAACGGCGGUACAACGUGAAAUUGUGGAAAACGUUCACGGAUUGUUUCAAUUGCCUGCCCAUUGCUGCCAUUAUUGAUGAGAAAAUAUUCUGUUGUCAUGGAGGCUUGAGUCCGGAUUUGAAUCAUAUGGAACAAAUAAAACGCAUAAUGAGACCUACAGAUGUUCCCGAUACGGGGCUGCUGUGCGAUCUGCUGUGGAGUGAUCCGGACAAAGAUGUUAAAGGUUGGGGAGAGAACGAUCGUGGCGUUAGCUUCACGUUUGGUGUGGAUAUAGUUUCGAAGUUUUUACUUAUUCACGAGCUGGAUCUCAUUUGUCGAGCACAUCAGGUCGUGGAGGACGGGUACGAAUUCUUUGCCCGCCGAUCACUAGUAACGCUGUUUUCCGCACCGAACUAUUGCGGUGAAUUCGACAAUGCUGGCGGUAUGAUGUCGGUAGACGCAAAUCUAAUGUGUUCGUUUCAGAUUCUAAAACCAUCGGAAAAGAAGGCUAAAUAUCAAUAUAGCGGAACGAAUAAUCAGCGACCGCAGACACCCCAGCGCAAUCAAAAUCCAACCAAUAAACGGAAAUAAUAAUUUCUCUCCCUUCUCAACCGCUACCUAACGAGACGCAGCAAGAAGAAGUCAUCAGCAACGGCCAGUUCGUCGACAAACACCGCCAC